AUGGCCGCCGGUGGCAAUGGGGACGGAUCGGAAAAAAGGCAGCCCGACAAAAUAGAGAUCACUCCUGGAUGUCAGGUUUGGUGCAAAACAAGAUUUGAAGAGAUACAAGGAACAGUUACUGCCUACGAUCAUGAAAACAAAGUGAUUUUUAUUAAAUCAUCUUCAUCAGAAAAACGUACAAAGCCAAAUAUUUUUGAUGUCAGUAUUGUCAAUUUAAAUCAUCUUUCAAAGACCAACUUCAAGGUGCUUUCGUUGCCAAAAGAAAAUUUACCAAGAUUAUAUGACAUUGACUAUGGAAAAAUUAACAGGCGUCUCAUGGAAGCCAAUUCAGAAAAAGUGCAGAAGGCUGAAAAAAUUGGUAUCAAUGUAUCUAGUGAAGCUCAAGCCUUGUUUGAUUCAAUUUCAAAACUCUUCCCUGAAUGCAAAUGGGAGGGGGAUAACAUUGUUGUCAUGGAAGAAGUGAGAAUAUCACCACCCUAUAAACCAGAGAAUUGCUUUGGUCAAAAGAGAGACUCUCUUGAAAGAUUACAAAAAUUGGUGAAAAAGUUUCACAGUGAGUGGCAAAAAGAUAGCAAGCAUUGAACAUUCUAAAAGCACCAAUUGGUUGAUGUCUUCUUCUACAAAAAACACUCACAAACUUAAAAAGACCUCAUGUUUUGCACAAGCAAACAUGGAUGUAUAAAAUGUUUUCAUUUGUAACAUUAGAUGUUUUAAAAAUUCAGGAUCUUCUUAUUACAUCCUAUGUACAAAGAAAAAUGGAUAAAAAUUUGAAAAAUAAACAUUUUAUUAUUGACAUAA